ACCAUCUUCAACUUUCUUCAAUUCAUCCUCAUCAACCAAUCAAUCCAUCAAUCCAUCAUCAAUCUCAACCCAUCAAUCAUCUCAUCAUGUCCGAUCACGAAACUUCAUCUGGACCUCAUUCACCGCCUCAUUCAACCUCAGUCUAUGCUUCUGUGAACUCUAGAGGACCUGGUCGUAGGAACAACAAGACUCAUGUUUCUCAGUCAUCUGGUUCAAGUCUUCGAAAUUCAAAAUUCAAUCCUGAUCUCGAUUCACCUCGUAGUCAAUCUUCUGCUUCAACUAAACCUGUCUCUCGAAAGAAACCCACUCCGAUCACCUCUAAUCCUCAUGAUAUGGAUCGUGUCAUUAGUCUCUUUAGGAAUCCUAAAUUCUAUUACGAAGGCUUCAUUUUACGUCGUACUGUACUUCUUUCCGAUGGUCAACCUCCCAAACGUACCGAUCCACAACCAACUUGGGCGAAAUUUUAUGUUCAAAUCGCCGGAACAACAAUUUCAAGUUGGGAUGCAGUCGAAAUGGAGAUCGCAGCCAAAGAGGGAAGACAAGUGGCUCCCAAUUACACCAACAUCACUGAUGCUUCAGUCUCACUACCUGAAUCAAACUCUUCCAAGGCGGCCCAAGACCUCAAGGCUCCUACUCCCUUCAUCUUCUUUCUUAAUAAUGCAGGUCGUAACAAGUUUGUCUUUAGUUGUUCUGAUCAACGUACUCUCCUCUCUUGGGUCACUGCAAUUCGACUUGCAGCUUGGGAACGAUCACGUCUUUCUGAAAUUUACACCGGCACUUUACUUGCGACUCGGCCGGAGGCAUCCCAACCCAAGGAAAAGAGUGAGGGAUGGUUAAUGGUUCGUCUUCCUGGUGAUACAGAAUGGACUCGAGUCUGGUGUACAAUUGUCGGAGGGGAUUCAACCGGUACUGCUUUAUCAGGCUCGAUGGGUUACAAGGAUGGGAAGAGACCUAAACGGAAUAGUAUCUUUGGUCUGGGUGGUUUCGGAAGCAAUCGACUCAGCUCUACCUCUCCCCAACCUGGUCUCAGUCCCGACAAUGAUCAUGAGCCACUCUUGAUGUUUGCACCCAAGAAAGGUGCCAAGAAGGUCUUAGGCACUAUGAGUGCUGUUCAAUUUGUAGCCGCAAUGUAUCCCGAAUCAAAAGCCUUGAUCGAUUCUUCGACCAUGUUCAAGAUUGAAGGCAAGUUCCAUGCGCACGGCCCUGAUGGACGACCCAUCGAUCAGACCGGAGUCGAAGGAUUUGUUCUUGCUACUCCUGGUGAGGGUACAGUAGCGGACAUGCUUGGAUGGCUCUUGGGUAUUAUGGAUGCGUUUGCUCUUUACGGUCGUCCUGCGACACCCAAUUACGAUCUUAAAGACCCAUCAAGUUUUUAUUUUGGAUACCCUAUCGGUCCCGAUUCAGAUAGACUCUUUUUGGAACGAGAAUGGGCCGAGGAUGUCGAUAUCAAUGAAAACAGUUUGUGUGAAAUUCGGCUAGCCUUGAAAUCUAUCUUGGUUCAACGCAUGCAAUCCUUGGCUUCGCCACUCUCUCAAGCUAAACAAUCCUAUAUCUCAAAACCAGCUAGCAGCCCUGCUAAGGACAUGGAAAAGUCUCAACCGGGAGUGAACAAGCCCGAUGCGUUUGCCUCGUGCAUCGUCCUAGCAGUCCUCAAAGAAGAAACCGACUCAGCGCCAGCGCUUGAUCCUCGCCUUCUCAACCCCAAUGGCCUACAAGGAGAUCGACAGCAAUCAUCCUCUUCAUCUAAAUUCACCGGCCUAAGUCCCACGACUCAAGCUGCAUCACCUGCAUCACCGCCAGCUAGAUCUCCCGCAUCACCUCAAGAUGUCUCGUCCGAACACGUAUCACCUCAAGCUGCAUCUUCUCAUGCCACAUCACCUCAAACUUCCCUCACGCUUCCUGUUCACGCAGAUCUGACAGACGACAUACAUGAAUUCUCAAGCUACUUUUCUAUUCCUGAAUCGACACAAUCCCCUGGCAAAAAAUCAGAACCUAUUGAUUCAUCUCCGUCAAAGUCUCUGGUGUCUUCACCUGUACAGGAAAGAUCGACAAAGUCACCGGAUCCUUCACCAUCUCAAUCUUCACAAAAGAUAGGCUCUCCUGUAGCUGUGACUGCCUCAGGGUCUGAACCUUUGGAAGUCUAUGAUGAUAUGCUAUAUGCUCUCAGUUUUGCUGACGAUCCUGCGAUGACCGAAAGAAAUGCUGGCCCAUCUUCAUCACAGCAAACCCCGCUUAGCGAGCUUUCAAACAAUCCUCAACCAGAUUUUUUGAACCGACCACCACCAUCCCGAUCAUCUCCUCCAACCAUCACUAUGACUGAAGCGCCCAAGACGAGUUUUCCUUCUUCUUUCGCCGCGGGCAAGAAGAGUGCUGCACGGAUUGCUGCUGCUCAGGCUGCCCAAGCUGCAGGCAAGGCUGCAAUUCACAUGCCAGGUCAUCAAUCCGUUCGCAAUACUAUGGCUCAUCAAUUACCUUCAUCAACGCAUGGUGAACAGCAUGGUCACUUUCCAAGUUCGACAUCGCGUCGGGAGAUACCAGCGGUACUACGAGAUCAACCUGAACCAAUUGAUACAACUGGUCUCCGACCCGCCUUUAGUACUCACGGUUUACUACAUCGGGUAAUGCAGGAGAAGCAAGAGAAAUCGAUCCAGUCGAUCCAAGAAGCGGCCCAUCGAUCAGGCGAGCCAUUAGUGCAAGUGAAUCAUAAACCACCACCACCCCAGAAUGGAUUAUUAGGAGCGAUUGCAAGUCAUGAGCGAGAUCGAAAACGAGAUGGAGGAAUGGGAGCGGUUUUGACCGAAAGAGUUAGAGAACGAAAAGUUUUAGAAGGUAGACAAAGAGAAAUGGAAGAGAUGCAUCGAGCCUCAAUGGUGAAUGGAGGGAUGGGUAUGAUGGGAUAUCCUAAUUAUGGACCUAUGAUGCAAGCUGGAAUGAUGCCUAUGAUGUAUAAUCCUUCGAUGAUGGGAGGAAUGGCUGGGAUGGGAAGUCCACCGGGUAGUGGAGGUGGAUAUGAACAAAUGAUGUUUCAUCAAGCUCAUCAAAUGCAAAUGCAGCAACAAGCUAUGCUCGCAGCUCAACAAGCUUAUAUGUCAUCCUUUUCAGGAUAUCCUGGAGGACCUAAUCAAAUGAUAGGAUCAAGUCCUAAUCUGAUGGGUACACCUAGUAUGAUUGGAGGUAAUCUGAAUUCACAUCAAAGUAUGUAUUUACCAAAUCAUGGAGGAUAUCUAAAUGGAAAUAAUUAUCAAAUGAUGACACCUGGUGGUGGUGGUGGUUCUGGUGGUGGUGGUUCAAUGAUUGGAACUCAUUCGAAUCAUCCUACACCUCCUACUGCGGGUCAUCAAUCACAAAUGAAUUAUUUUGGAAGUGUUGGAAAGAUCAAUCAACCACAACAACAGAAUCAUGAGAAUGGAGCACAAUAA